GAAGAUGGCACCGCAAAGAGCAAACGUGGAUUGCGAUAACAGCCAAUCCCUUCUCUUCUGUCCUCUUUCUUCUCCGUGCCUUCGCUCCCUCGCGUUUCCGCCUGUUGCUUGCUCUUUGUCUCUUUCCAACCCAAUAGCAACCUCCUUUCCGCCCCCGACGCCUUGGUCAACUCACAACUUCGAUGGUAGGCAGGAGAAUGCAGCCGCCCGCAGAUGGUUCAACCCCAGCCCGCAGAGCAGCACCAGUACCACCGCCUCCGGCAACACCACCACCCCUGGCCGGCCCUGUCAAGUAGACGCAGAACCCGGUCGCAGGCAUCCACCGACACCGCGCAGAUACGGAUACAUACCUUGCACCUAGGUAGGUAGGUAGCUACCUGCCUGCUGAGCAGCUGCAUACGCACCACCAGACGUCACCACCACCCUAAGCGGCUUGUCCUGUGGGGUCAGGACGGUACGGCAGACACUCCCAGUCGGAGGCCCGGCGACUUGGCCAACCGCCGUCUGCGAGUUUUGAUGCUACCCUCGCCCCGCUUCUGUCGGCUAAACACCCAACGCCGCCACCUGCCGUCUUCGAGCGCCCGCCAUGCCGCGCCCGCGCAAGCCCGGGGCCCCGGAGCCGAAGCGUCGGAGCCGUAACGGCUGCUGGGGUUGUAAACAGCGUCGCAUUGCCUGCACUCAAGAGCGGCCCACCUGUUCAAACUGCCAAAAACGCCUCGUCGAGUGCGAUUACAGCAUACGGCUCAACUGGGAGGGCCGCAAGACAGCCCAGUCGGGGAAGCAGACCUUCCGGUUCGACAGCGACGUCCUGAAUGAGGCCUCUGGCCAGAGCGCCUCUGGCCAGAGUUCGGCGAGCCGGAAUGUUCCCGUUGUGUUUGACACGGACCUGGCCGCCUCGGCCUCGGCCUCGGUUCCGCCGCGCCGCGCAUCUCGCGCUGCACCCGGCCCCGACGCCGAAGCCGUCAGCUCCGAGUGGGACCGUCCCCGCAAGCGCUCACGUCACACCCUAGAUGUGCUGUCCCCUCAGUCGGCUACCUCGAUAUCAUCGACAUCGACAGCCGAUAACUUUGCGAGCGCCAGGUCGUCGCCGUUGAUGCCACACCCUCUCCUUGGUCUGGGGGCUGCAGGCGCCGCCCUGGGCCAUACCUUGACGUCACUGAUGGAUGCUGCCCCGCCGCCGUCGCCCUCCACCGAGGUCCUGCACUCUAGCUCGGCGGGGGAGGUCCGCCGCCUGUCGGUCAAGUCGCUUCUCACGGGCCCCCCGGGCCUCAUGAACCCGCUCCACGUGCCCAUGGACGUCCUCCGCCCGCCGGGCGCCAAGCUGCUGUUCGCCAUCCAGGCCGGCUCCGACGACUCGUGCACGUGCUACGGCAUCGACAGGGGCUUUGUGGAUCUGGACGUCGGGAAGAACGACGACGUCAACGCCAUCUCGGACAUGGUCCCCGCCCCCAGCGGCGGGUCCUUCCCCUACGACAUGGGCGACAUCAGCAGCCUGCUCCAUGACCAUGGCGAUGGGGACGAUUGCGCUUCUGGAGUGCAUGGGCUGAGCGUGCGUCGUGAGCUGGGGGGCUCUUACUACGAAACCCCUGUCAUCGUCCGGAUACCACGGAAAUUCGAGCCUCUGCCGUCAAAGUUACUCAAUAAUCCCAUGAAUUUACUGUAUUUUCAUCACUUCCUCAACCACACAGCCAAGGUUCUCGUGCCUUUCGAUGGGCCUCAAUCGAACCCCUUUAGAACAAUACUGCCUCAGCUCGCCGUGCGAAAUGAUCACCUGCUGAGCCUCAUGCUAGCCUAUUCUGCAUCACAUCGAGCCAGACUUCUCCAACAGCCGGAGCCGGUGACACGCAUUGCACUCUGGGUGCAGGACAUCUUCCCAGCCCUACGUGCUGCCCUGAGUGAUCCCAACCAGAGCAUUUCCAAUACCAAUGUGGCAACGGCCAUCAUGCUGGCAUCGCUCGAGAUCAUCUCGCCGACGGCUUUCGGCUACUCCAUCUCGUGGCAACGACACCUCUCACUGGCGCGCGAGCUCAUAUCGGCGCGACCAGGAGGGCUACGCUGGAGUCGGUCUGUGGCCUUGGCCAGCGGCGGGUCAUCGUCGGCAGAGCACGAGGAGAUUCAGGUCUGUAACUUCCUCUGGAGCUGGUUCGCCUACCUCGACGUCCUGGGCAGCCUCAGCGGCGGCGGCGAGCGCGACGUGUCGAGUGCCUGGAUCCUAGACUACAAGGUCUACGCGCCCGAGGACGACGACGAGAUCGACUGCAUCAUGGGCUUCUCGACGUCGUGCGUCUACAUACUGGCCAAGAUCGCGGAGCUCGCAAGGCGCUGCGCGAGCGCGCGGCGCCUGGCUCUCAAGGAACAGGAGAAGGACGAGUCGCGCGGAUCGCGGGAAUGGACGCCCGGGCCCGUCGUCCUGGAGAGGGCCGAGGCGCUGCAGCACGACCUGGCGCGGAGCAUCGAGCUGCCGCCGCGGCCGUGCCCGCACGUCAAGGGCACCGAGGACGCGCUCUGCUGGAACGGCGCCGAGCUGGCGGCCUGCAACAGGGCGUACCACUGGGCGGGGUCGCUGCACCUGCACCGGCGCGUGCUGGGCAAGCCGGCGUCGCACCCGGACGUCCGGGCCGGCGUGGCGAGCAUCGUCGAGUGCCUGGCCGAGAUACGGCGGGGAGGCACCGCCGAGGCCUGUAUGGUGUUCCCCAUGUUCACGGCGGGAUGCCUCACGCCGGACGCGUCGCAGCGCAGCCUGAUCAAGGAGAGGCUGCGGGUGGUUGAGAAUACGGGAAUGGUGCAGGUCCGGAGAGCUCGAGAGUUGAUGGAAAGGUCAUGGGAGACGGGGUUACCUUGGGGAGCGUUGAUUACCACCGAGUUUAUUGGCUAGAUAGACGAGACAUGGGCGUAGAUCCGGCCUAGACUACUACGUCCUACCUCGUAAGACACGAGCCAUCAUUGGGAUUUGACAGCCCAGGUUUACGGGUACCAAAAGGGGAAGGAAUGGGAAAAGCGAGGCAUACUGGCUUUCGGGAAAAGACAAGACAGGCUGGUAUUGAGCCACGGUGCCACCCAACCAAUUGCAAG